UAUAUUCUUCUAGCACUAUCCAUUAUCACCAUAAUUAAGCAUAUAGGGAAAGAUGGUUUCUAUUUCAAAGAUUUUUCUUAUUUCCCUUGCCUUCUUUUUUGGAAUGGGUGUAAUUGGUCACCUAUAUGAAGAAGAAGAAGAAGAGUACCAUAAUAAGGAUCCUAGAGAGGAAGUUAUAGAAGCAUGGUACAUGGAUGAUAGUGAUGACAAUCAAAGGCUUCCUCAUCAUCGCAAACCAAAGGAAUUUGUAUCAUUUGACAAGCUUGCUGAGCUUGGAGUACUUAGUUGGAGACUUGAUGCUGACAAAUAUGAAACUGAUGAGGAGUUGAAUAAAAUUCGAGAAUCACGUAAAUAUCUUUACAUGGACAUUAUAGAAGUUUGCCCUGAAAAAUUAUCGAAUUACGAGGAUAUGAUAAAGAAAUUCUUUGAAGAACACUUGCACAUUGACGAGGAGGUCCGUUACUGUCUUGCAGGAAGCGGUUAUUUUGAUGUUCGAGAUCAUAAUGAUGCAUGGAUUCGAAUUUGGGUAAAGAAAGGUGGAUUAAUUGUUGUGCCUGCUGGAAUUUAUCAUCGUUUCACACUUGAUUCAAGCAAUUACAUUAAGGCAGUACGGCUGUUUGCUGGUGACCCUGUUUGGACAGCGUACUAUCGUCCACACGCAGAUCAUCUGCCUGCAAGGAAACAAUAUGUUGAAACUUUUGGGUUAAGAGAAAGCACUGCUCAUGCAAUUAAUGAUGAUGCUAUUCAUAGAGUUGAUGAAUUUUAAACCUUUUUAGGCUGUAUUAUUAUUUCCUCAGCUAGCUUGCGAAUGUUUGAAUUCUAACAUGUAAAUGAUUGCUCAAAAUUUUGAGCAAAGGUAAAGUUAUGUACGUGUGACAUACAUAGAUCAUGAGUAUGAGUAAGCAUAUCCAUUGAUGUUUGCAUUUAAAAUAGGUUGUCUGCAUAACAACCUUUUAAGGUGUAUUUCUUAUUCGAAUCCCUCUUGAGCGCAGAAUAUAUUUUGUAAUCAAGUAAACUUUUUUUUAUCGUAAGCUAAAGAUCCAUUGUGAACUAUUUCACAUUGGUCAUCAAUCUAUUAUA